GCAACGUUCGCGAUACUUCACGUGCUCUAUUAUAACGCGCAUUUCAUUGGCUGCCUGAUGUCAGCAAAACUCAUCUCUCGCGACAAAACAGCGGAACUUCCUUCAGGCUUCAGAAUGAGUGUCAGCGUGCGUGGGAUCAGCGUGUCCAACAGGCCCGGGCACUCUUUCUUCCUGAAGGUAGCCUGGAGAGAGCAGCUGGGGAGAGGCUUCACUGUCACCCUGUCCGACGGCGUCUCUGCCUGGGAUGGUAAAGUAUCUGCGAGUGAUGUCAUCCGGGAGUCAGAGGAGAUGGAGAUACAGAUGGAGAAGUACGUGCAGGACCUUCAGCUUGCACUGACUGAAGAAGGACAGCAGGCCAAGGGCUACACCUUCCACCUGUCCCCUGACUCCGCCCAGUCCGGUGUCCUUCACCUGUCCUACGAGAAGGCGCAGAAGGACAUCUCGUUCAGGCUGGGCUCAGUGGAGCUGCAGCCUGUGGCAGAGCCCUGUGAGGUGAUUAAAGCGCUCAUUAGCCACGGGCUGGAGCGCAGCGGUCAGCUGCAGGCCAGCAGCCUCCACCUGCGGGAGGAGAACCAGCGUCUGAGAGAGGAGCAGGACCACAUGACGGCAGACGAUCGCCCUCCCACACCCCCGGAGGGUGUGAAGGGUCCCGUGCGUCAGCCAGGCGCUCGCCCCCGCACUCUGUUUACCGCCUUCGCCAUGGCGACGGUCUGCACGGUCUCCGCGGAUUCCCUCCCCGCCCCUCACCAGCUGGACCCCGUCCUGAGGAUCAACGAUGACAUCAUCACUCGGUUCCCUACACAGAAGUGGAGUUAUCUCACUCAGGGUUCAGGUCCAGAACUACCUAGCCACAGCCCCAUCGAGGAGAGCUUGACCGACAUCGACGUUGCCCCCUCCCGCAAACGUCGCCAACGCCAUCUUCAAGGCCCGGGGUCAGAGGUCAAGAAAGGGGUUCAAGAGGUCCAGAAGAAAGAAAGCACGGAACCCGCGCGAUCCAAAGCAGAGGCCAAUCGGAAGGCGUCUCGACGGUCAGCUGCCAUCGCCACAACUAGUAAGCCUACAGAGACAGAUGAUUUGUUUGAUGACUUCUAAUCGUGACAAGACCAUCG